AUGAGAAGACGUUUCACAAGUCAAAAGAACACAAACGCAAAAGCAGAGAUUACGGUUGGUUAUAACGUAAAUGAUGAUAAAUCACGAAUUAUUCAAAAUGUUAAAGUUAAUGUUAGCCCUGAAUUAACAAGGUCAGCAACUCAACCAAAUUUAUUAACUCGUGACUUACCGAAGAAUGAAGAAAACCAUGAGAAUGGAGACCCAAUCAUUUUAUCUGAACCUGGUAAAGAACCUGUUGAAAUUCCCACUUAUCCAACAUACCCCCCACCUCUUUCAUCAAACAUCGAGAACCCAGGAAUCUACGAUUCCAGUCGCAAUGCGCCAUAUAAAAUAGACAUUAAUUCUGAAUUAAUGAAAAUUUACCGUGAUAUAAUAACUGAUAAUUAUGAUUCAAUAAUAAAUUUAAUUGACCAAUCUGGUUUAAUUAUUUUACCUUAUGAAUCAUUAAUUCACAUUAUCGCCAUUCUUUGUGAUGUUCAAGAUUCAGACGUUAAGAUUCAAUUUUUCAUAGAUGAUGAGGUUUCAUGCUGCGGAACAGUUGCAAAAAUAAAUCCUAUAAAGGAUAUUAGCACAAUUAAGAUAUCAAAGAACGGAACAACAACUGAACUUCAUUUAACAUAUAAUGAUAUUUAUAAUAAAAUAGUUGAUGAAUAUAAAAUAUCACUUGAAAAAUUCUUUGUUAAGGCUAUUUAA